AUGGGAUUGGUCCAACCAGUCACAAGAUGAUGAAGUAAAAAAAAAAAAAAAAAAACAUUGAAAGCGUCUCUACCAUUGAGAGCAGCAGCUGCAGCUUCACAGCGUUUGAACUCUACAACAAUGAGUGAAUCACUGGUGGUCUGUGAUGUGGAUGAAGAUCUGGUCAAAAAGCUGAGGGAGUUUCGUUUCCGGAAGGAGACCAACAAUGCGGCCAUCGUUAUGAAGAUUGAUAAAGACAAGCAGCUUGUUAUUCUUGACGAAGAACAUGAGGAUAUUUCUCCUGAUGAUCUAAAGGACGAACUGCCCGAGAGACAGCCGAGAUUCGUGGUCUACAGUUAUAAAUACCAACAUGAUGAUGGCCGUGUGUCCUAUCCUCUCUGCUUCAUCUUCUCCAGUCCAGUGGGUUGCAGACCAGAGCAGCAGAUGAUGUACGCAGGAAGCAAAAACAAGCUGGUGCAAACUGUUGAACUGACCAAGGUGUUUGAGAUCAGAAACACAGAAGACCUAACGGAGGAAUGGCUGAGAGAGAAACUCGGGUUCUUCCGCUAAAGUCGUCACCUCAUCCAGAGGUCUGGGAUGCGAGGAGGAUCCAGAUUGCACAACUCGUGUCGUCUCUGAGAGAACACGCCACAGUUAAUAUUUCCCUCCUCCUUGUAUCAGACCUGAUUUGAAUAGUGUUUGCUCUCUGUGCUCAGUUUUAGGCCUGCUCGAUGGAGUUUAUUACAAUUCAACGUGUGCCAGAAGGUUCAGACAAUCACACGAGUUUGAACGUUUGUGGCGCUAAUUAAACCUCGCCCACCUAGCAGCUUAAAACUUUAACUACUAUUUGACGCAGGUCUACUUUUGUCUCCCAUACAAUCUCUCCAUGUGCCAGUUGUGUGUCUGUGUUUUAACACUCCCAUAGAUCUUGAAGUGGACAGAAAUUGAUCAUACUUAUCCGCCCUUCCACCGCACGUUCAUUCAGGAGACUUUAAAGCAUUGCAACUACAGUUUCUGUUUAAGACGUUUACACUCACCGUUUUUUUUUUUUUUUGCAUCUCUGAACCUUCUGAACCUUUUUCUGUUUAUUAAUUUUACACAAUUUUAGGGAGACUUAUUUUUAGAUUUUUUUUUAGUUACUUCUGGUGUAUGUAGGUUUAAGGUAGGGUUAGGUAAACAUAUAGCAUUCAUUUCCUUUUGUUGUGAAAAUCCUGCCAGAACCUCUGAACAAUCACAGCUACAACCCAGAGAACAAUAAUAAUUCCUGUUUUCAUCAGUGUCUCCUUCGGUGUUCAUUCAAGGGCAUUUAAAUUAUAAUUUACAUACUGUCAUCACUCCGGUCUUCAAAGUACAAGAACGCUAAUACUUACAUAUGAUGUGUUACAACUCCUCCUGUGCACAUGAACAAGCUGGCAGACGCCCUUGACUGGUGCUUAUUCUGCUGCAGAUUUGACCCUGUUAGUCUGUCACCAGAUCUGUUUAUCUCUGUUUAGAGGAAAAACAGCAUGAAUCAUGGGUAAUGCCUUUGACCUGCAUAUUUGUUACAAAGAAAUAACACUCCAGGAAACAAUAUUUCCACUCAAACAUUCCAGACAUGAACAUUUAAACACCGAAACCUCUCGCGACCAUGACAGUCAUGAUAACACUGCACACAGGGCGGCAAUACCUGCCCUCUUUUUAAUCUACUGGGCUACUCUUAUAAGUGGGUUACUGUGUCUUUAGGGAGAUUGUUAGCUAUUAUUGUGCAUUAUAGCUCUUACUGUUAUUAGUGUUUAUGAAUGUUGUGCUUAAUUCUGAUGUAAAGCCACUUUGAUUGCUUCAUGGUUGCAGCCUUGUGAAUGACGGCUGCGACUGCUCCAAAUGCCAGUUGUGCUUAAUAUUUAGACUUUGGUAGGUUAAAGGAACAGCAUCCGGGCAAUUUACGUUUUCCAUAAAUAACGGGGUUCGACCAAUGUAGCUCGACGUGUACUGUCCUGAAUGUGCCAGCUGCUCAUAUUUUGUGCCAAUGUCUAAUAUCCUCAGCGAAAAUUGCAACAUUUUUAGCUUUCAGCACAUUUUAAAUCAGUCGAAACAACAACAGUGUGCCACUUUCCACUCUGUUGUAUACAUUUGGCUCCAAAAGACAUCCACAAAUCCUCUAAAACAGCAAUUAAACCAGUGCAGCACACUUAAAACCAGUUGCUAAUACUUUAAGCUCUUAACAGCAGGGUGACCAGCUCCAGUGAGUAGUAAAUCAGCAAGUAAAAUUCAACAUAUUGAAGAUGCUACAGUCUAGUUUAAUGUGAAUGCCAAGAGGGAAACCUCAACUCAAAUGGCAGAGUACUGAGUCUUAAUAUCAGCUUGGUAUUUUGGUCUGACCCUAAUAAAGAAUAACGGGCACAAAUGAAUUCCACAUGGUCGUCUCCUACUGAGAAACUCUUAUUUUGGAUAAGGGAGAGUUGUGGUCGAUUAAAAGCCCCCCAAGGCAGCAAAUCGCCACAUCAUGUAUGAUGUUACUGCUAAGUCUACCAUACCAAUGCCUUGUCUUAAUUUUUUUGUCAUGUUUUCGUCUGUUUAAACAAUUAUGAGGCCAGAAGAGAAAAAAAAAAUGACACUAGAAAAACUGAAGGACACUAAAAAAGCUUUGUUGGUGACUGACUUUUUUUUUUUUUUUUGGAUCUGAAAGUCCACGAACGGUAAUCUUGUUCGUUAAAUGUGAUCCUGGUUGUAGUAAAGAAUAGAAACUGUUUCUUUUCCCAGAGAUCUGACUCAAAGUUAUGUACACACAAUCACACCACUUCAUGUAAAAUCAUUUGUUGAUGUCAAAUAAUAGACGGUGAUUUGUGAUUUACAUGUCAAGGCAGGGUUUAAUCCAGCAGGAACAAUGGGACACAACUGUAAUCACAUGUUUUAAUGUCUACUGAUAACAAGAGUUACACUGUCAGCUUGAUAUUAGCCAGUAUUAUGCUGCUGUAGCAGAAACACGACUCUCAUGUGGGAGAUAGUUGUGUUUAUAGUAAUUUCUGUUUUUUCUUAAGCUGAAGAUGUACCUUUUUUUUGUUAAAGAAUGAUUUAUGACCCGAAAGACCUGCAAAACACUUCCAAAAGUUCAAGCAAUGAUUUUGGAGUGAAUUUAAACAUAUUUAUAUUGGCUAUUUUGCUAAAUUCUUAAAACCUCUAAACUGUGGAGAGCUACUGUAAAAGACGUGAUUUUUAAAAUUUAUCUACAGUUCUCAUAAGCCCGAUGACAUGCAAUUUUCCGCUCAGUUGCAUUAGUUCUUGUACUGAUACAGUUUAUUUGACCUUUUCAAAAAGGGGCAACGUUUGCAUCUCACACAUCUGGUUCCAUGUGUGUUCUUACUCUUACAUCAAACAUUUGCAUACCGAUAGUCAUUUCUUUAAAGAAACCUGCUGCUGUUGCUAUUUUUCCUUGAAAUGAGAUGUAAUAAACUGUCCAUUCAUCAUGUCUCAAACCAGUGUCCCCAGUAGAAGGCCUGUCCAACUAGAGCCAUGUAUCUGGUUAUGUCCUGUGGAUCUAAUAGCUUUCCCUCCUACGUGGUGAACUUGUUGUAUAUUUGGCCUCUUGAGUCUUUUACUUUUAACCUGCAAAUGUGUCGUUCAGCUCUUGGUGUCCUCUCUGAUCAAAUGCCUCUUCUAUUUUCUUUCCUUUUUACUAAAAAAAAAAAAGAAAAACACCUGAGACAUCUAUCAUAACCAGCUGCCUCAUGGCAUCAGUGAAACUUGAGAUAUUUGUAUUUUCCCAUACUUUAUAAAAGUGUCUAUUGUCCAAAUAAAAUGACAGUGAUGUCUAAACCCUC